AUGAUUCCGCCGUCCGUUCUGGACCAGUCUUCCGAGGACUCGUCGUUCGAAGGGUUCGACCAGUCGUCGCCCGCGCAGGCGUACGCGCGUCGUCAACAGCAGAGGACCAUCCGCCGCUGUGAUGGGACUGAGAACUUCAAGCCGGUUACCGCCGCCACCAAGGUCGGGAUGCAGGAGAGCCCUUCGGCAAAAUUCUUGAGCGCGGGUAUCCCGGGCUUCGGCGACAACGAGGCUGCGGGCAAGAUUCUACCCUGCCACCGCGUGGCCGACGACGGUCUUAUGAGGAUCAAGCCUGAUACUCUCGACGACCUCUUGGAUGGCAAGUUCGACAACAAGAUCAACAACUACUACGUCAUUGACUGUCGCUUCGACUACGAGUACAACGGCGGACACAUAGAGGGCGCGAUCAACAUCAACAGCACCGCUCGUCUGGAGCAGGAGUUGCUCGGCCUCCUCCGUCCUAAGCCUACCGUCAGUGGUGACAACGUCAAGCAGACCGUACUAGUCUUCCACUGUGAGUUCAGUGCUAAGCGCGCCCCGACUUUCGCUAAACACCUACGCCAGAAGGAUCGCGCGAUGAACAACCACAACUACCCGCGCAUUCACUACCCGGAGCUGUACAUCCUGGAGGGCGGAUACUCCGAAUACUUCAAGUCGUCAAAGUCGCACAGGAAGCCGACCACGUACACGCCGAUGGACGACCCCGCGCACGCGCAGUCGCGCCGCGAGGACCUCGACCAGUUCCGCAAGGCCAAGUUCGGGCGCCACAAGUCGUACGCGUACGGCGACGCGAUGAGCAAGGGGACCACGUCGCUCAAGCCGGCGCCACAGCUGAAGCGCAACACGGCGCCGAGCGGCCCGCCGUCGAUGUUCGCGGCUGCGAACGCCGCGCGCACGCGUCGGUCGGGCAGUGGAGGGAGCGGCAAGGGCGCCGGUCUGCAUACCCUGGCGGAGGACGGGAACACGACGGCGGCGGAGGAGACGGAUGUCGACAUCGGGGACAGCCCGUGCCCGCCGCCGAGCAAGGCGACGACGCUUAAGAUCCGCAAACCGCGGGCGCUGUCUCGGGCGGAGACAUAUGGACCUGGGCGCAUGCCGCUCCAGUACUAG